GGGGGAGGAAAGUGAAAGGAUUGAGCGUGGAAUAAAACGAAAGGAGGAGAACUGGGAGGAUCGCUCUGUGUUCUGAUGGUGCCAAGAUAGGGAGAAUGAAAAGCAAGGAAGAGCUGUCGGAAGGAGCUUGUUCUACAGCUGAAGGAGAGAGCAGAGGGCCGAAGGAAAUCAGUGUCUCCGCAGUGCCUGGGCUUGGAUGCUGUGCUCUGCUGGAGGCUUGAGUGUCGGAACAAGAAAAAUGAAAUUGAGGAUUGCACCGGCCGAUCUUAUCUCUGAUGUGAGAUGAAAGAAAGAGCGAAGAAAAGGAGGAAAAUUAAAAGGCCACAGGAAGCGAGAGAAAGAAAAACCCUUACCGCACUGCUUUGUGAUUGGAAAAUAUAAUCAGCUCGUAGAGGAGGAAAGAAAGUUGUUCUGGGAGUAACGUAUGUAUAUUUAAAGAAAAACAAACAGGCUUGUUGUCAUUGAGACACGGGCAGCCGGGAUAACACGCUGAAAGGUUCCCAUUCCUUGGGAUGGAGAGAGGAAUGCCAGUUGGAAUGUGAUGCUUUUUGAGUUUGGGAAGAAAUGAAUGCUUCUGUUUGAAGAGAGAAUAGGCUGCACAGGAGAGGGACCGAUGGCCGGGGAAACACGGAGUGAAGGAAGAGUCGUGCCUUUUGGAUAUUUCUGCGGAGCGGAGGGGAAUGCCAUGCCGGAAAUUGAUUUGAAAUUGCAGAUGUGCAUUUUUCUGCUGAGAGGAGAGGAGAGAUUUGGGAUCUAAAAUAGACCUGGAAACGGGAGCAAGGGAAAUCAACCUAUUACACUAAUAACUUGAACUCAAGAAAACAAACAUCCAAUAAAUUAUGAAUGUUGAACAAGAUGACAUUGCAUCCACAGCAGAUGAUGAUAGGUCCAAAGUUUAACAGGGCCAUACUCGACCCCUUAUUUGUGCUGCUGUUGGCUCUACAACUUCUUGUGGUGGCCGGUUUGGUCAGAGCUCAGACUUGCCCUUCUGUGUGCUCCUGUAGCAACCAAUUUAGUAAAGUGAUCUGUACACGACGGAACUUGAGGGAAGUGCCAGAUAGCAUCUCCAUCAACACGCGCUACCUGAACCUGCAAGAAAACAGGGUCCAAGUAAUCAAAGCUGACAGCUUCAAGCAUUUAAGGCACCUGGAGAUUCUACAGUUAAGUAAGAACCACAUCCGGCAGAUUGAGGUUGGGGCCUUCAAUGGCCUGACAAAUCUCAACACCCUGGAGUUAUUUGACAACCGCCUUUCCACCAUCCCCAGUGGAGCUUUUGAGUACCUAUCCAAACUGAAGGAGCUGUGGUUGAGGAAUAAUCCAAUUGAAAGCAUACCAUCGUAUGCUUUCAGUCGAAUUCCUUCUCUAAGGAGAUUAGAUUUGGGUGAGCUUAAAAGACUUGAAUAUAUCUCAGACAGAGCCUUUGAAGGUCUGUCAAACUUAAGAUAUCUGAACCUUGGUAUGUGUAAUCUUCGGGAAAUCCCAAACCUCACACCUCUGAUAAAAUUGGAGGAACUGGAACUAUCAGGGAAUCGGCUUUCAUUAAUCCGACCGGGCUCCUUUCAGGGUUUAACUAACCUGCAAAAACUGUGGAUGAUGCAUGCUCAGAUCCAGGUGAUUGAGAGGAAUGCCUUUGAUGACCUUCAGUCACUAAUAGAGCUUAACUUGGCACACAAUAACCUGACUUUGCUGCCUCAUGACCUCUUCACACCCCUUCAUCAUCUUGAGCGGGUCCACUUGCAUCACAACCCAUGGAACUGCAAUUGCGAUAUCUUGUGGCUAAGCUGGUGGCUGAAGGAGAUUGUACCCUCCAACACGACAUGUUGCGCUCGUUGUCACGCACCCCCUAGUUUAAAAGGGAAUUACAUUGGAGAACUGGACCAGAACAAAUUCAACUGCUAUGCUCCAGUAAUUGUAGAGGCUCCCACAGAUCUCAAUCUGACCGAGGGAAUGGCUGCAGAGUUGAAAUGUCGAGCCUCAACCUCCAUGACCUCAGUGAGUUGGAUUACUCCCAACGGCACAAUUAUGACUCAUGGAGCAUAUAAAGUUCGUAUUUCCGUGCUGAACGAUGGCACAUUAAAUUUCACAAAUGUGACUGCUGAGGACACGGGAUUGUAUACAUGUUUGGUGAGCAAUUCUGCAGGGAAUACAACAGCUUCAGCCACACUGAAUGUGACUGCUACGGAAAACAGCACUUUCACUUAUUUUACAACCGUUACGGUGGAGACUAUGGAGCCAUCUGUACAGGUGCACACAACGGAUGAUAAAUUUAGGCCGACCCCUUUCAGUGAGUGGGAUACAACAUUUGUAACGACCUCCCUGACUCCUCGGAGCACAAAGUCAACAGAAAAGACGAUCACAGUUGCUAUUACAGAUGCAGGAGAAAAUCUUAUGCCUGGCCUGGAUGAGGUGAUGAAAACUACAAAGAUUAUUAUUGGUUGCUUUGUGGCCAUCACACUUAUGGCAGCAGUGAUGUUGAUCAUUUUUUACAAAAUGCGCAAACAGCAUCACCACCAGAAUCACCAUGCUCCUACCAGGACCAUCGAGAUCAUCAAUGCAGAAGAUGACAUCGCAGGAAGUACUGCCGUGGAGAGUCACCUGACCAUGCCCACUAUCGAGCAUGAGUAUAUGAACCAUUAUAACUCUUAUAAAGCUCCCUUCAACCACACUACCACAGUAAACACGAUUAACUCACUACACAGCUCUGUGCAUGAACCAUUAUUGAUGCCAAUAAACUCUAAAGACAAUGUGCAAGAGACCCAAAUAUGAGCGGGGGGAUAAAAUACACAAAUUUACAAAUGACAAACAGGACAAGGCUGAUUCUACUGUUUAAAAGAAGUGUCUUUAAAGAGGUUUAUUUAUUAAAAAUAAUUCUAUUGUGAUCUAAAACAGAGACAAUUAUGUGUAUUCUAAACACUGAUUUGACAUGAUGCUGCGCCCAAUAAUUUAGUCAUCACCAUGUUUUUCAUAGGAGAUUUUGAUUCUCUAAGGGACUAUUCAGAUAUUUUGUAAGGAUUAUGUUUCACAUGGGGUUUUUAUGGUGAAUUCUAGUGGUGAGAUUCAGUCUGUUUUGUCUCAUUCUGUUAUUUCAUGACUCUUACAACCGGUAAUGACAGAGAAUGCAGUAUUAGAGGUAGAUUUAUAUUAAAUCUUUUAUUUUCCAUGUAUCAUCUUGUUCUAUAUUUACAAACAGAAUCAUUCUGUGAAGAUUGCUUGUAACAAAAAAAACAAAAAAAACACAUACCCAUGAUCUUUUAAACAAUUCUAGAUCCAGAAUUUGUAGUUAAGUACUAAAUAAGAUUAUAAAUAAACUAUUGUUGGUUUUCAGUACCUUCAGAUAUCAAAAUUAAUGGUUCUGAAGUUGGAAUUUGACACUGUAUUUGCAGUAUUCUGUAACAUAUUAACCCAGUUCUGAGGGAAUCAGUACUUCAAAUUCGAUUAGAUCAAAUCUAAUUUAAUUGGUACAAUAACGGCAUUAUCUUUUUCUCAUUAUGUCAUGUUAACAUAGCACAAGGUUAUGGAGGUAUGGCAAGUAACCAUUUCAAUAAUAACAAAUGUUUUGGACAAAAAAGGUGCAAAGACAAAUAUAAUUUCCUGUCAAUACCUACCCAAUGUUCAAUGCAUAGGUACUCAACACAUAAUUGUUGUCAGGUUUUUUUGAGAAGAGCGUUCUGCACAUGAAGCAGGAGCCACUUGAAGAUUAUGAAGCUUACUUCACAGUAAAGGUUAUUCCACUGGAGACCUAUCAGCUGGAUAAACUGUUCAUUCUAUCACAUCCAGAAUUGAAGAUUGUACAUGGAAUCUCUAUAUCAAGGAAUUAGAAAUGUACCUAAUUCUUUGACAGAUUAUAGGUUGUGUUAAGAAACAGCACACUAUUUGCCACAUUAUGUUUUGAUUGGUGUCUUAAUUCUUCUAUUUAUCCUACUGAUUUAAAAAAGUUUUAAUCUAUAUAUCCCAUUGUACUGCAUAAUAUUUUCCCAAAAAACCUCUGAUCUAUUUGGUUUGGACAUAUAAUGCAUUUUUACAUUGUUGCUGAGUCAAUUUCCUGUCUAACAGUAUACAGUAAUGUAGUGUUUCACGAAAUGUGGUCAAUUGCCACCCUAUAAUAAUUGGGGACGCAUAAUAAGCAUCACCUUGCCAUCAAUACCCAUGUGCAGUGAACAGAAUAAUUAAAUGCCAAUGAAUUUGUUCCAGUUCAUGCCAAAUUAAAUAAUGACCACCAACUCUUAAAGGCACUGGGGAUUAGAAAUUGAACCUUGUAAAAGUUUAUAUAUAUUUCCCUGAACAUUUCAUAUAAAAAUGAGGAUAACCAAUCUUCACAUUAUAUGAAGUGAAAGUAUCAAUUGCCAGUCAUUCAUUUCUCUAUCCUUUCCCCCUCGUUGAGUGAUGAUUAUUUUAGUCAUAUUGUUUACAGUAUUUAAACUUAUAAUGCCCUUAAUGGAAUAAAAUUACAGCUUUGCCUUUGAAGAAUAUCAUUUCAUCUGAAUAGAUUUGCAUUAAUAUUUAGAGUUCC